CAUGUGUCAAUGAACAUCAGUAGUUGUAUGGUUAAUGUAGGAAUAAUGUUUAUGUGUAAUGUGCUCAAUAUAGGAAUCAGAUGACACGGCAACACAUUAUAAGUUGUAACUCGAAAAACAAAUUUGCCUCUGGUUGCUGAAAAACCUUAUGGAUAGUUGGACUUUCGAAUUUGGAAACACUUGAUCUCUCUUACUGCCAGGAGCUUGUGGAAUUGCCUAGAGACAUCAAAAACAUGAUAAACUUAAGGCAUCUCAUCUUGGAAGGCUGUGAUAAAUUGACUCGAAUGCCACGUGGAUUGGGGGAGCUGACCGGUCUUCGUACAUUGGAUAAAUUUGUUUUAAGCGAAAACAAUUCUUUGUUGAGGGACAGUGCUGGUCUUGGUGAACUGGGAAAGCUUAGGGAAUUAAGGGGACAGUUAGAAAUUAUAAUUUUGAGGCAGGAGAAAGAUGUGAUGUCAGAUUCAAAUGUUGGUACGCCUCUCAAGGAGAAACAGCAUCUCCAUUCAUUGACUUUAAAGUGGAAACGUGGAGAAGAUGUAAACGCAGUUGAUGAGAAGGAUAUUAUAAUGUCAAUUGAAGUGUUGCAACCCCAUUCAAAUCUAAAGAAGUUGUCCGUGUCUCAUUAUGGUGGUGUGACGUUUGCGAGUUGGUUUUCUUCUCUCAUAAAUCUUGUUGAUCUCACAUUGACUGGGUGUCAUAGGUGCCAACAUCUUCCACCCUUGGAUCGUUUCCCAUCCCUUAAGUCUCUUUCUCUUGACGGGUUUGAGAAGUUGGAGUACAUAUCAGACAAUACCACCAGCAGUAAUAGUAUGAGUGAUGAGAUGAUGAAGAUCUCAUUCUUUCCCUCCCUGGAGGAGCUCUCCUUAUUAGGUUGCCCUGUUCUGAAGGGAUGGUGGAGGGCGCACACUCAUAACAAUGCUUCUUCUUCUUCAUCAACGGAAAAUCUGUCGUUGCCUUCUUUUCCCUGUCUUUCUCAAUUGACUAUUGAUGAGUGUCCUAAUCUAACUUCCAUGCCUCUGUAUCCAAAUGUGGAGAGAUUAGAUCUCGAGAGGAGCAGCUGGAAGGUUGUUGAUUCCUUGUUUGUUAGAGGAGCAUCUGAUAUUACACAUGAUGUUGGUGUUGAUGUUUCUGCCUCUUCUUCUUCCCCUCAUCUCUCCAAAUUAACACGUCUGUCACUCAUUAAAAUUGAGGAUUUGGAAUGUCUAACGUCACAAGGAAUGGGCAACGUCCCAUCACUCCAAUCGCUUUACAUUGCCGAUUGCCCAAAUUUGGCAUUACUACCAUAUCAUGGGAUGGGCAACCUCGCAGCCUUUCGGGAGCUUGGAAUUGGAGAUUGCUCCAAUUUGACAUCAAUGUCAGAAGGGAUCGCCAAUCUUACAUCACUUCAGGUGCUUACAAUUGGAAAUUGCUCUGAUCUGACAUUACCGCCGGAAGUGGUCGUCAACCUCCCAUCACUCCAAUCACUUACGAUUAUGUUUUUCCCAAAUUUGGUAUCACUACCGGAAGAAAUAAGCAAUCUCACGUCACUGCAGCACCUUGUACUUAUAUGUUGCCCUAAUUUGGCAUCACUGCCAGAAGGGAUUCGUCGACUCCCCAACUUAAAUGGAUUGAGAAUUAUGAGUUGCCCCAUGUUAAGAGAAAGAUGCGAGGAGGAAAUAGGUGAGGACUGGCCUAAGAUUGCUCACAUCCCAUACAUUAACAUUUGUUAAGAUGACAUACCAUAUGGUCAAAGAUUUUCUUCACACUUUUGCUUUCUCGUUGACCAACACCGAUUCCACAGCAAAGCGGUGCUGAAUCCAAAGACGGUUUAGGAGUUUAGAUGGAAUUGAAGCUACCAAGCAACCGGCCAGAUGACAAUUUGUUUUGCUUCUUAAUUUACUUUCAUGGAUAUGUAGUACUGACUCAAAGAAGAAACACAUGGGAUGAAGGAAGCGAAUAACCAUACAGCUUUUGCUUAUACAUGUGCCUCAUUUCUGCGGAUGUGAUAAAUGGAGGACUGGUUUGAGUUUCCACCAUAAAACUAACUGACAAUAUGGAAAGUAGCCGCCCAUGCAAGUUGGAUGGUCGCGUAUAUUAUACACAAUGUUCGUGUUGAGCUUCAACAGCGGAUCAAAUGUCUCAGUGUUGCAUGGAAGCAUGUGAAGACAUCUUAAAAUCUGCAGUGGAUCAAAUGUACUCUUGCUUCGAGCAAACAAUUCAGACGAAAGUUGGCUACUUACUGGGUUUGGAAUGUGAAGGACUAAUAGAAAUCGUGUUUGUUAGUGCAAUUUCUGUUUGGUUUGAGAUGUGAAGAACUAAUGAGAUUGCUUUGGUGGGGAGUGUUUCCCCAUAACUGAUCUAAUUUGAAUGUAUAGCUCACUAUAUGGUGCUCCCUGAUCUGAAGUUUUCAGGUGAUGCAUGGUUCUUAAAUUCUUGAGAAGAAUCGCUGAGAUUUGUCCUUGCAGAUGAAGGUUUCGAGGCAUGCGUAGGGAAUGUGCGUGGAACACGAAGGAGUCAUGGACACACAUCUUUAUCAGAAGAGACAGAAAUGAUGCGCUGCAUAUAUCGACAACAAGCUCCAAAGUCUUUGCUGUUGGGCAUUCACAGGGAACAAUCAUGCCUUUAGCUGCUCUCACCCAGCCGGACAUAGCAGAACUGGUUGAAUCUGCCUGGUCUUUUCUGUCCAAUAUCAUACUUGGAGCAUAUCACUUCUAAAUUUGCACUUAGAAUGGUCAACAUAUAUGUUGAUCAGGUAUUCCUUAUCUUCUUCAAAGUAUACCGCAUGAUUGGCUUCUCUAAUAGAAUUGAUGCAUCUGUUCAUCUUUUCAGAUGAUUCUUUUUACUCAAUGUUAUGAGAUUUAAGUAGUAGUAAUUUUGUUAUCUUCCGUACAUUAUGUGUGGUGAACGGGACGUCAACUUUUUUUAUUCAAUUUGUGAUGACCAUGUUGACUGCUCAGAGUGGUUGUAUAUGGUUUUGCUUUUGAUCGACGGGUUUAGGUACUAUAUCCCCCCGUUGUAUGUUUUUAAUAUCCUCCCGUUGUAUGUUUUUAACUCAGUAAUAUAAUAUGGGCGUGAGGGCCUAGCCCCCCAACUUUGACUGGGUUCCAGCCCUCUUUAAAUA